AUGCCCGAUACGAAUCCGACUUUGAGGAAGAAACAUGUGAGCCACAACUGGAACUUCUGGAAUCUCCUCCAUACGCACUUUGUCAUCAUAAUAGUGUUUGAGGACAUAAGCAAGGUAGAUUAUGACCUUGCCAUUCACACUGAAGAGAUCCGCCGACUAGACAACGACCAAAGAAGCGGCACAAUGCAACUCAACACACAAAAAAACUCCAUCAAGAUGGAGAGCACUAUCCAGGGCUGGAACAUUGGGGGCCAGAUCAACGGGGGAUUUAGGAGUCCAUACACUGGCAACAUGGCUGGCAUCACCAUCACCGGGGGCUAUUCCCGCUCAACGACUAAAACUACGGAAAAGACAAUUUCAGAAGUGGCUGAUUCCCAAUGUGAAGCCAAAUACUCUUGUUGGACCGAAGCUUGGACUGUCAAGACGCUUACGCCGCUUCUGGACUCUGAUGGCAAGACGCCUUUCCAUCUGGAGUUGGCAUUUAGGCUUCCUAUCCUGCCACUAUGGGAAAAGCCUCAAAUUAUAGGGUACAAGGCUGGAAGGUAUCUACUCAAAUCUGGAGAGCAAGGGUAUACCGAAUACGACCCGGAUCAACAAAUUGCCAAGUACAGGGAUGCUAGCAACCAUUGGCAUUACUACGAAGCCUACCCCAACCUGGAUGACCAAGUUCGUGGCUACAAGCACCCUCACCCCGUGAUCAGGUCAGUCAAGAACAGGUGCUAUGAUCUUGACUCGGCCGAAUGGUACUGCGCAAAUAGGACAGGAGAGGACAAGUUCUAUACCGAAGACGAGGGAUACUAUACCAAGCCGAGCGCCCCUGUGCCUACUUCUGAAGAGAUGGAUAGAGCUGAUAGGCUUCAAUGGCACGUGUCCAAGAGCCAGGAGGCUUGUCAUGACAAGGCGAGAAAGUGUGGAUGGUUCGGCAAGCCUCCAGCAUGUGGAAUCCAUCAUCACCAGGUGGGAGCCCGUCGAUUCCCUCUCGGAAGGGGCUACUUCUUUUAA